CUCUCUCGCUCGCUGCGUCUGUCUGUCUGUCUGUGUGUGGGGGAGGGAGAAUGGCAGAGGUUCGCUAACAGACCAGCCCGAGGGAGGGGGCACCACUUCAGCCUUGACAUGUUGACCAGAGCUGUGUAGAAAGAAGGCAGCUACAACAACGGCAGCAGCGACUUGGGGGUUAUAUUAAGACAUGGCAACGAGUGCUGUUCCAAGUGAUAAUCUCCCCACGUACAAACUUGUGGUGGUGGGUGAUGGUGGCGUUGGAAAAAGUGCUCUCACCAUCCAAUUCUUUCAGAAGAUAUUUGUGCCAGAUUAUGACCCAACCAUUGAAGACUCUUACUUGAAACACACAGAAAUCGAUGGGCAGUGGGCCAUUCUGGAUGUGCUUGAUACAGCGGGUCAAGAGGAGUUCAGUGCUAUGAGGGAGCAGUACAUGAGGACAGGGGAUGGGUUCCUCAUCGUCUAUUCAGUCACUGACAAGGCCAGCUUUGAACACGUGGACAGGUUUCACCAACUGAUAUUACGGGUCAAAGAUAGAGAGUCUUUCCCCAUGAUUCUGGUGGCCAAUAAGGUUGAUCUGAUGCACUUGCGAAAAGUCACAAGUGAACAAGGGCGAGAGAUGGCUGCUAAGUACAAUAUAACUUACAUAGAAACCAGUGCCAAGGAUCCGCCUCUGAAUGUUGACAAAGCCUUUCAUGAUCUUGUUCGAGUCAUAAGGCAACAAAUACCAGAAAAGAGCCAGAAAAAGAAGAAAGCAAAAUGGCGUGGAGACAGGACAACUGGCUCUAACAAACUGCAGUGCUCAAUCAUGUGACAACCUCUCUGCCUUCUUGAACACUGCUAUUGUUUAAAUUCAAUAGAAAUGUUGAACCUAAUGCUAAGUUAUCUGCAGCCAUGUGCUACACAAGGAUUUUCCAGGCCAUGUGCACAGUAAACUGUAGCAGUGUUGUGUGUGGAAUGGAAGAGGGGAGGGGCGUGGGAGGCGCAAACCCCCCCAACCCCAGCCCUCCACUGAACAGGUUUGCGUUCUCAAAGAUAUGGAAGUCGUCUUGUGAAAUGCAAAGGUCUUAUUUCACUCGAACCGAAUUUGGCAGAGAAGUUACUUUUUUUUAAACAAACAAACUAUCUUUCUCACCUCUCACUUACUUUAAGUUGUGUGCCAGACUGACCUGCUGCACUGAGCUGAGCUGUUGUGAGUCCAAGCUCCCCAAUCAAUGUGAACCCCUCGCCUCGGUUUCCAAGUUGCAGGGCAACAUCAGGGGGAAAAGAAAAGCCGCCUGUUGUAGAAGGAACGGCAACUGGAAUUGGAAUGCCGAUGACAGAAUUAAAUCCAUCCGCAGUUGCCUCCUGGACGUGGCUUCAAACUCAGCAUGCAGCAAACUUAGUCUGCAAAUUGAACAACUGCAGUUCUUCCUCUUCCCUAAGCCCACCCACCAUUAUUUUUUUAAGUAUGAAGAUAAGAUUCAUGUUACUCGACCCAUUCAGUUGUGGCUGCCUGUGGUCUGCAUUUGUCUCUGCACACAAGAAUGGAAGGACUAUCCCAGAAGACAAAUAGGUUUUGAAGCAACUGUUUUGACUUGAUGUUACUUUUUGUAAUUGUUUAAAAUAUGUGCACUUUUAUUGGGUUUUCAAAUCCAUUUUAUACUCUCAGUUGUUAAAACUGCACUGCAAUUUAGUUUGUUUUGAGAAAGUGUAUGUAUAAAUGGCACCAUUUUCUGGUACCAGAUGUGUGACAGCAUGUUGUUAUAAUUGAGCAAGAAAGGACUACUCCCUUUCCCAAGAUAGGCAACAAAACUAAAGAUAAUCGUUGCCCUGGUGAUUGUGUCCCCUGGCUUGGAGCUUUCAGUUGAUAGAGAAAGGAAACUACGCCUCAGGCUCGGUUCUGACUUACCACUUGGAGUUGAACUCACGGAAAACAAACAAAGGUGGAACAAUCCAUAAUGUGGGCAGUGCAUAGAUGGGAGGGGAAUUGCGAAUUGUUGGUGAGCUCUGUUUCAAUUGCUGUAGUUAAGAACCAACGUUCAUCAGAAAGUCAGGAAACUGGCAACUAACAUACACCUAGAAAAAGCCAACUCCCUCCCUCUCUAUAUGAUCUAUACAGGGGCAUCCAAGUGAAAGUACUGACUUAAUCCUGUGAAGUUCUUCAACAUCAUUCGUGGAGUUUGCACCACAUGUUAGGUCCUUGGCUUAGUUUUUUAACUCAGUGAAUAUUAGUUCAACUAUCUCCGUGAGUAUGCUGUUGCCGUUACAGAUGUUUAUAUUGGCAGCUUAGGGUAUUACAUAGAACGUAGAACAUAGAAAAGUACAGCACAGUACAGGCCCUUUGGCCCACAAUGUUGUGCCGUGGAUUAAUCCUAAUCCAAAAGUAAAAUAACCUAAUCUACAUUCCCCUCAAUUCACUGCUGUCCAUGUGCAUGUCCAGCAGUCGCUUAAAUGUCACUAAUGACUCUGCUUCCAUGACUACCACUGACAAACUAUUCCAUGCGCUCACAACUCUCUGGGUGAAGAACCUCCCUCUUGACGUCUCCUCUAUACCUUCCUCCUAACACCUUAAAACUAUGACUCCUGUGGCAGUCAAUCCUGCCCUGGGGAAAGUCUCUGGCUAGCGACUCUAUCCAUGCCUCUCAUUACCUUGUACACCUCGAUCAGGUCACCUCUGUUCCUCCUUCUCUCCAGAGAGAAAAGUCCAAGCUCAGUCAACCUCUCCUCGUAAGACAAGCCCUCCAGUCCAGGCAGCAUCCUGGUAAACCUUCUUUGCACCCUCUCCAAAGCCUCCACAUCUUUCCUAUAAUAGGGUGACCAGAACUGGACACAAUAUUCUAAGUGUGGUUUCACCAGGGUUUUGUACAGCUGCAGCAAAAACCUCAUGGCUCUUAAACUCGAUCCCCGUUAAUGAAAGCCAAAACACCAUAUGCUUUCUUAACAACCUUAUCCACUUGGGUGGCAACUUUGAGGGAGCUAUGCCCUUGAACACCAAGCUCCCGCUGUUCUUACACACUGCCGAGAAUCCUGCCUUUAAUCCUAUAUUCAGCAUUUAAGUUUGAUCUUCCAAAAUGCAUCACUUCGCAUUUAUCCAGGUUGAACUCCUUCUGCCAUUUCUUAGCCCAGUUCUGCAUUCUGUCAAUGUGUCGCUGAAGCCUGCAAUAGCCCUUGAUACUAUCAACGGCACCUCCAACCUUUGUGUCAUCAGCAAACAUACUAACCCACCCCUCAACCUCCUCAUCCAAGUCAUUUAUAAAAACUACAAACAGCAGAGGCCCAAGAACAGAGCCCUGCGGGACACCAUUCAGCACUGACCAUUACACUACACAAUGUUAUGUUGUGCAAAACUCCUACUGGUGGCGGCUUUUGCCCUUGAUGUCAUUGACACCCAAUUAGGAAGUCCUAUAUUUGCUACUGAACUGGUCUGAGCAACUGUAGAAUUACAAAACAUUCUUAUUCUAGAUUUUCACAUGGAUUAGCUUCCAGUCUCCACCCUUAAACAAUACCGAUUCCACCCCUUUGGAAGGUGGGAAAAUUCACACUGGUGCCACCUAACUAAUAAUUAACUUUUUGGCUCCAUACUGUCUCUGCACUUUGUACAAAACGUGCAUACAAUAAUAGCUGUGCGACUGACUCCAUUUAUUACCAUCUCAGUUCAGGCAUGAAAAUGCAAAAGUGGGGAACAUGCCAGAGUGCUUCUGUCAUUGAAGCAUUUUGAAAUAUUGUUACCGUUGUGAAAUAAACAUGAUGGCCAUGUUGCACUCAUUUCCUUUUCAGUUAUUGCAUAGCCCCUUUUAUCAUGAAAAACAUUGUUUAGACAAAAUAUUCAACAUGACAAUACAGCGGCCCCAUAGCAAUGCACAAGGUUAUCAUCUGAUCUUGAGUGCUCCAGUCACUGGAGUAGAUCAUGUACCUAUGACCCACACAUUGGAGUGAAAGUGCAACAUCUGAGCCAAAGCUGCCACCUGACUGAGCUUUCACCUCUGACAGCAAUUCAAAUCCAGCUCAGACAGAAAAGAGGGAGAUCUCCUUGCAUUGUCUGAAAGGAUUUUGAUUGAAAUAGUUUUGACCAGCCUAAUCAUCAGCACAGGGACACCACCAGCUUAGCAGUCGUUGGCAGUCUCACUCAAGGGUGCCAGUAGGAUGACUGUUAUGAACAUGUAGAAGUGUAGUUUACACAAUACUGUUCUGAAGUUGGGGCAGAGCAGUGUUGUUGGGCCACUGUAGAGUUGACUGGCUUAUAUGGGAAGUAGAUCCUUCUGCUCAGUUGGCAUUUUGUUGGCGAAUUAAUUUAUUAAGACUCAUUAUGUUGUGACAUAUCUUUGUUAAUAGUCACUGUAUUUUCGAUAGUGGGAAUGCAGAUGGUGUGAUCACAAUCAAGCUUCUCCUAGUAUUUUGUAACUGCUUUGUUACUAAGUGACAUCAACUGUUGGCAACGGCUAGUUGUUGGUUGCAAUAUACCAGUGAAUGCAGUAAGUGAUACAGUGCUGUCUUCAGAGCAUCAAUAUCUUUAAAGUGCAAUUUUUGGUAUCUAUAUUCAUUCAUUAAAUUGUUUACACAGCAGUUUAAAGGGAUGACAACAUCCCUUCAGUAUCUGGUACCAGAGAGGAGAAGAGGGCUUGGAAUUUUGGACUGCACCUUAACCCUAUGAGUACCACACUAGUGGCAAAAGUCACAGAACAUGUUUCCAACCCUUUGCCUCCAUUACCAUGACUGUUCCUUAUAGCAGACUGUUGUUCUAGUGACGAGUAAACUGGUGAUGUUUAAGAGUUAAACAUGGCAUUGUGUGGAUAGUAAUCAUUUGUACUUGAACAGUUACCAAGACAACAGCCAACUGAAUAAGUUGGCUAUUGCUAUACUUAAUUGGAGACGUAGAGGUUUUGUGUGGUAAAUUGUAUAAUGUGACCUUUAAUUGCAAAAAAAACGAGGAAUAAAGUUUUGAACAAGCGAUGUAAUAUUUUAAUAAAAUUCUAACUGGAAAACUGGUAUCUAUGAAA